AAAACAAUGAAAUAAAAGUCUGGUUUUAUAUGUUUUUACUCCAAUUACCGCUGUCGGAUUAUUAAAUUUUUAACCAUUAUAACAUUAACACUUUAAUCAAACACAACAAUAAUAACUUCCUAUUGCUUUUAAUGACCAAUUCAAAAUUUAUAAAAUCUGGUUUUAAAAAAAUUUUAACCUCUAUAUAACGCUUUUACUUUAAAUUCCAUAAAUCAAAAUGACAACAAAAACUGACAAAAACUUUUGAACUUUGACAUUGACUUCGUAAUAGACACAGACCAGCUAUAUUUGCUACGGGAAUAUUUUACAGACUAUACAUGUCGGUUGACCUUGACCCCAUAAAAGAACGCACUUGAAAAAAGGGUAAAAAGUUAUCAACUGACCUGACUACACGACGAUCAGCUACUUGCACCAGAGCUUUGCGACCUUUUGGAAAUAAUAUAGCGAAUGUUUUUACUUUUGACUGAUUUUUUUGACAUUCUUCAUUCUUAUGACAUACGUUUGUCACCUCAUAUUUUCGUAUUAUCUAAUUUAUUACAUAUUUCUGUAUGAUUUACAUGUUAUUAUUAUUUAUAUUUACUCAGGUGGCAUGUGCCCCUAUGUCACAUGUUGGAUCGGCAAUUUUCUAUAACAAAUUAAAUAAAAACGAAUGUUGGAGCGAGGAUGAUUUGGCCACAUUACGAGCGAGAAGAAUUUUUGAAUUGGCCAUGCCACCCAGUGUAAAUCCAGAAAAAAUGAACGGUAGGUAUUUAAAAGAGAUGCAAAAGUACUUUCGUCAAGCUCUUCGUAAUGUUGGUAAAGAAACAAACUCGCACUGUGCCAUUCUUUUGAAGGCAGCUCUUGCCGACACUAUCGGAGCUCAUUUGACCAAAGAAAUAUUGCCAACUGCUAGAUUUUCAUAUUACGCUGGUUACGUGCCUUAUAGAGAUGUCAGAGAGUUACAUAAAUUCCUGGAACAAAUCAAGUUACUUUUGAAUACUCAAGGUUUGGGUUGGGCUCGACCGGAUCGUAUUCCGCAGUGGUCCAAUCUAACCGUCGUUAAAGUUUUUGUUAGACACGGAAAACUGUUAAAUCCAUGUUCGGGUUUGGUCAUGAAGAGAGACGUAAACUCGUGCAUUCACAUCCCCGUGCCCAAGCUGGACGACAAGGAUGAACCAUCAGCGAUCGCACUGCCUUUUAAAUCAGGAGGUAUGGUCAGUUUGUCUUCACCGCGUUCAGAAAAUAUUUUGCUCAAGUAUUACACUACAGCGACAAGAUGUAUUUUACACCAUUCACCUAUUACAUGUCGACACGUCGACUUCUUGAAUUUUAAUAAUGAUAUGUGGCAUUGGAUGCAAAAUGACGUCGCACCGCAUCUUGCUGAUGAAAAACUUUACUCAGCUUUUGGGGGAGUGUUACGAAUAGCCGCCGCUGUGCAAAGCUACGGCAAAGGCUUAUCUCGCCGCAACCUUUAUGAAAACGAGGAGCGAGUGGUCUCCAGAUGGCAUCCCUGGAAGGGGCUAAGUGAGACGUACGUUUACAUGGACCCAGAUUGGACUCCAAAACUGUACGUCAUUUUAGUAGUAUUAGCCGCCGCCGUUAUUUGCCUGUCACAAAUUUGUUACACUUUUUUACUUGGCAAAAGUAACGGAUGUCAUUGUACAGACCGCCAGCAAAAAUAUCAAAAUAUAAUGGCUUUCACAAAAGACGAACUCGUUAAUCCCGCAAUUUUACCAUCGCAACACAGCUCGUUAUUCUACAGCCAGCACGCGCGUCUAAGGCGCUUGCCGGCAAAAACAAAAAUAUCUUCUCGUAAUUCAAUAAGGACAGAAAAGGUUUACGAUCUCCACGACAAUACGGAGACGAUGGCGGUUAUCAUGAGCGAUAACGAAGAUACUAGCGAAGAAGAUUCUCUUCCGGUCAUCAACCAGGAAGGAAGCGGCGAAAAUGUUGGAGCGAUCCGAUCGAAAAGCCCGCCUAAAAUAGAAACUUCAAUAUCUGAAGUGAAAAUAGUGAAACGUACUAGACCGAAACGAGGGCAAAUGUAUUCUACGAGCACAAACUCUCAUUCAGAGUUAACUUAUUGUCGCGAGCAUCAGGAUACGGGCUCGCCGUGGUCGGGCAGUUCAACGUCGGAACAGUCCAUUACUUCGGACAGUUCCAAAUCUCAUGGGCGCAAAUCGAGGAACUCGCGUGACUUGGCGUGGGCGCGUCGAGUAGCUUCCAAAGCGUCUCAGGCAAAGUCGACAACAUCCGGCACAGAACUUGACGUCAAUUCAUUCACUACGCCGCCAUCGAAACAUUGACCGUUAUUUUUAAAUCUUAAUUAUUAGAAAGUCUUGAUAGGAAUAUUAACUUUGUGAAUAGAGUUUUAGCUGCAAGUAUUACAAUUUAAGAUAUAUGUUGUUUAAGAUGCAUUUAAUUUUUAUGGGAUAAAUACUAUAUUUUAAUUGUU